GCGGAGAAUCCUAAAAUGGCGGAUCUGGCAAACGAAGAAAAGCCUGCCAUUGCACCGCCUGUGUUUGUAUUCCAAAAAAACGAGAAAGGACAGAAAGAAAAAAUUGAACCAAUGACCUCGCCUACACCGCCAUCAAACAAGAGGCCUGUGGAUGCCUCCAACCCUGAAGAUGCAGAAGAUUCUGAUGGAGACGACGGUAAUUACCCCCCACCUGUUAAAAGAGAGAGAUCAUCGUCUUUCACACAAGUGUUCCCACCUUCCCAACCAGUUCCAAAGAAUAAUGUCUUUAUGCCAUUGAGUUUCUGCCAGGCAGCGGCCAGCAACUCUGACUCAGAGCCAGAUGAAAAGAACACAGGCUUUCGGCUGAAACCCCCAACUUUAAUUCACGGCCAAGCUCCCAGUGCUGGUCUUCCUAGUCAGAAGUCCAAGGAGCAGCAGCGAAGUGUCCUACGUCCAGCUGUCCUGCAGGCACCACAGCAGAAGUCCUUUACACAAAACGUUAAUAGCAGUGGAACCAAUGGUGUGAGCAAGCCAACUGAGGAUAGCACCAUCAUUUCUUCUGUAAACCAGAAUAGUACAUCAGACAUAGAGGGCUCAUCUGUCAACAGCUCAACGACCACAAGUAGUCACUCGGAAAAUACAAAAUUAGCGGUCCCAUCAGAGACCAGCUGUGAAGUAGAUGACAAGAAAAAGGAGGAGGAUAGCAAGGAGCAGCCUGAGCAGCUUGAGGAGCAGAUGAACUUCGUAUUUGGGGAAAAUCUUCGAAACAGAGUGAAGAUUGUGGAAGGCAGUGACAUCUCAAGUGAUAUGAAGGAAAGUUCAAUGGAUGGAGAAGCAUUGCCAGCAACCAACUACUUUCUCCAGUACAUAAAGCAAAAUACUGCAAAUCUUUUGGACUCCGGAGAAAAUGCAGAGAGUAAUACAAAAAGUGCCAAGUUUGUGUUUGGAGAGAACAUGAGUGAAAGGGUAGUGAGUUUGCCACGGUCAGGUGAUGUGUGCAGUGAAAUCAACAGUGACCAGCUCUUUGGAGAAAAUGCAGCUACUCCAUCAGGAUCUGCGUCUGAACCCUCACAGGAAACUACACCAGAGAAAGUAAACAAUGUGACAGAAUCACUGGAGGAGUCUGCAGCUGCUUACACCAAAGCAACAGCCAAGAAAUGUUUGUUGAAAAAAGUUGAGGUUAUCACAGGAGAGGAAGCAGAAAGUAAUGUCUUACAGAUACAAUGCAAGCUAUUUGUGUUUGACAAGACGUCACAAACCUGGGUAGAAAGGGGAAGAGGUCUUUUGAGGCUCAAUGAUAUGGCAUCUGGUGAUGAUGGAGCAUUGCAGUCAAGGCUAGUGAUGCGGACUCAGGGCAGCCUUCGAUUGAUUCUGAAUACCAAACUAUGGGCUCAAAUGCAAAUUGAUAAAGCUAGUGAAAAGAGUAUUCGAAUUACAGCCAUGGAUGCUGAGGACCAAGGUGUCAAAGUCUUUCUAAUUUCGGCCAGUUCAAAAGAUGCUGGACAGCUGUAUGCAGCGCUACAUCACCGUAUUUUGGCAUUGAGAAGUCGUUCUGAGCAGGAACCAGAACCUCCUUGUAUAACUUCAGAAUCAGGAGUGACACAGUCAAAUGAGGAAGAUAGUGAUGAUGAUGAUGGAGUUCUUGCUCCUGCUACAACAACAAGUGGCCCUUGUGACACAGAUGAAAAACAGACUACAGGAAGUACAUAGCGACAUUGGAAAUAUUCCGCUUGCAAGGUUUCUGCUCCAGGAACUUGCAGGCAACUCUGUGGACACCCCAGACCAGUGUUUUCUUUCAGGCAUUGUUGAAGAUGAACUCCAGACUGGGCCCAGCACAUCUCACUGGCAGCCUGUGCCUUCCUAUCCUUGUGUUUUGUCCAAAUUAAUGGCUUUCACAUGGUUGACUGAGGAACAACUGAUUUUCUGUUUUGGAUGCAGAGGCUCAUCAUAUUGAUGAGUGAAACUUGCUCUCUGACUCUUGAAUGGCUCAGCAAGGCACUUCACUUUUCCAAUGGGACUUUAUUCAGUACAGCCAGUGCGCACAAAGUUAUGAGUUGUCGUUAUCAGUGUCUGUCUCUUUCACACACCUAUCCAUAUACACACUUUAUGUUCUGGCAGAUGAGUGCACAGAGGUCAGAUUUUGCAACUUAGAAGAGGAGAAUUUUCAAGGAUUGCAUCUCAUAGCAACAGUAAUAAUAACAGACUGUGACUUACAAUGGACUUUAGGCAAAGAGUCCUGUUUUCUCAUUUUUCCAAUGUUAUUACUGGGACUUGUGUUGUGCUGUUUUUUUUAUUUCUUUGAAGAGUUAUGCUUGUGUGUUCACAGAAUCCUGCAAUUUGGGCUUUUUUGUACACAGUAAUAUUUUUGUUCUUGAUGUAACCAAGAACUUCGGUAAAUUUGGGGGGAUAAACAGGGAGAUGCUGGGAGGUUACUGAGCUGUAAAUUAAAGUGUGCUUUUCCCUUUACUGUCUACUUGCUUUUGCAGCAAGCCUUGGAAGCGGAAAUGUAAUAGUUAAAUUUUAGCACAGAAAUGAUUAGUAUGUAAUGUUUCCUUGUUCAAAAAUGAAAAAGACAAAAAACCUCCAAAUUAUUUUUUCGUUUAUUUCUUCAGAACCACUCCAUGUAAUUUGGGGUUGGAUCUGCGUAGGUCAGUUUGUGUUUUCUGUCUCUGUAACUUGUCCUGUUUGGACUGAUAGUAGCUUUCUUUAUACUGAAUAGUUGAGAGUUCUGAAAUAAGAAUGGAAUAAAAUCCAUCCUGUCCUCUCCCGACCCCUCCCAACAGGACUGAGCUGGAAAGUGGUUUCUUUUUGCUAAAAAGCCUUAGCUCCUAGAGGAAAUCAUUACUGAUGUGGUUGAAAAGUUUGUGUAAGAUUAUUACAUCAAAAUGUAUUUCUGGAUUACAUUAAACAUUUAACAAAACACUUUGUUUAUUUUAUGUAGGUUAAUGUGGGAUUAUAGUGUUUUUUAUUUUUCAUGACCAUAUUUUUGCUUGAGAGUGGAAACCUAUCAUUUUACAAUUAAUAAUUAAUUUAGGCCUUUUUUCCCUAAUUUCUCUUGAACAAUUUGACAGUAUUCAUAUUCUCUUAAGGUGAGGUUUAGCAAAGGGUUCCAGAAGUACAUGUUAGCACAGGGAAAAGCUUUAAUCUACCUUAUGUUAAAUUUAUGCACAUCUAACUGGAAUCAGCUUACAAAACUUGUAAAGUGUUAGUUUUUUUUACAUUUUUGUUGUAGCCUGAUUUCUUUCAAGCUGUGAAUUGCAUUAGUAAUUCUCUCAAAUUCACAACCUUUCUCACCAUGGUAUGUAAAGUGCUAUUGACUGAAGAAUAGGGGCACUUAUGAAAUAAAGAAUGCGAAGUAGGUUUGCUACCUUUGACUUCACAAGCUAUUUUCUGAGACUUUUGAAUGAUGGCCAAUGAUUAUGCUGAUAAAUUUAGCCCCCAUGCUGAGCUUGAAGCAUAAGGAUGUAAGAAAUAGGAUCAAGAGGCUAUCUAUCCCCAUUCA